UUUGAGUUUGCUUUCUCCUGUGAAUUGGUCUAGUCAAAGUCUUGGUUUGGGUUGUUUAGGAUCACAUGGCAGGAGACGCUAAAAGCCUGACGCCCAGGCAGUGUGCCGUCAUGGAUGUGGCUCUGGAUACCAUCAAGCAAUACUUUCAUGCGGGCGGGAACGGCUUGAAGAAGACUUUCCUGGAGAAGAGCGCUGAGCUUUCGUCGCUCCGCCACGCUCUGUCGCUCUACACCCAGACCACCGACACGCUCAUCAAAACCUUCGUGACCACGCAGCAUUCACAGGGUAGAUCCAAAACGCCUCCAAGGAGAUUAAAUACGGGAGAGUUUCAGAUUCCUCGCUGCUUUUAUCUCCUGGAUUUGGUUGUUUAAGUUGCUGUCUUGUUUUUAUCUCCUGCUGCCU